UCCACAUCUGCCCGGAGAAGGUCAGACGCAUAAUUUUUUUGAUCAGCGGACCGGACAACUUUUUUGUUUUUUUAAUUCCUCUCUAAUCCUGAUCAGCGUCUCAUCACCGGGGGAUUGUUGCUGCAUUCAGCGGUCUCUGACACUGCGAGAAUGGAUGGCUGACCUCGGAGCUCACUGAUUGGUUCGCUGAUCUUCGUUGGCCGCAGCUGCCGUCAUGGCCAAAAGCCCGGAGGUGAAGUUGGCCGUCUUCGGCAGAGCGGGGGUGGGCAAGUCAGCUCUGGUGGUGAGAUUUCUGACCAGACGCUUCAUCUGGGAGUACGACCCGACACUCGAAUCUACAUAUCGUCAUCAAGCCAACAUUGACGAUGAGGUCGUCACCAUGGAGAUUCUGGACACUGCAGGGCAGGAGGACACCCAGCAGAAGGAGAGCCACAUGCGUUGGGGUGAAGGAUUUGUCAUCGUGUACGACAUCACAGACCGGGGAAGUUUUGAGGAGGUGGCGCCGCUCCGUAGUCUCCUAGAGGAGGUGAAGAAGCCGAAAAACGUGCCUCUGGUCCUCGUGGGCAACAAGUCCGACCUGGACCACGUCCGGCAGGUCGGCACAGAGGAAGGUGAGCGGCUGGCGGCUGAAAUGGCGUGCGCCUUCUAUGAAUGUUCAGCAUGCGCCAAUGAGGGGGGCACCGUGGCCGAGGCUUUCCACGAGCUGUGCCGCGAGAUAAGGCGCCGCAAGGCCGUGCAGGGCAAGGCCAGACGCCGCAGCUCCACCACGCACGUUAAACAGGCCAUCAACAAGAUGCUGACCAAGAUCAGCAGCUAGGGAAGAGCCACACUACUGUCUGAUGACAGGAAAUGUACAUUUUUCUCAUGUAAAUGUUUCAAUAUUUGGCUCUGAAAUGGACAAAAUGUGACUGAUUUAAUGUGGAAUGUGUUCUUUACUAAUUCUUUGAUCAUGUUCCAUCUAAAAGGCCCCAAGUGCAAUAUCUCUUCCCCGUGGAAGAGGUAAAUCAUGUUCAGAGUGAGAGCCUUAUCGCAUGAUUUCUCGUCCAAACUUUUGAGCUUGUUCGGAUGAAAAUAAUCCUGGAUACUGGUGAGAUAUGAGAUGUUUCAUGAUGAUUCAUUAAUACGGUGAAGUUCUCAACCUUUUUAUUUUAUCCUUUCAUCAAACUGCAAGCUGUCUUAUUUAGCAUGCAAAGAAUUCAAGGAUUUAUUGACGUCUAACAAGAAGAUUCGUGGUUUCCUCUCUGUAUCUUGUCUGUUGGGGGAUAUUGUGAUGUGCUUCGGCCCACAUGUGUGUUACUGUUCUGUCAGCAGUGAUCAAAGAGAAAUAAGAUCAGAGAACUACUAUUAUAUAAAAGUGGAUCGA